AUGGCCAUCCUCAAGAACCUCGUCAUUGCGGUGACCGGCAGCCUCGAACACGAAAACACACAGCUCAAGAAAUGGAUCGAGGCCAACGAUGGUCGCUACUCCCCGAGCGUACGCAAAGGUGUCACGCACCUCAUCGCCGGCCAGGACGCCUGGAAGAAGUCCUCAGAUGCAGUACAGGCAGCCACAAAGCUUGGAGCCUUCGUUGUCAAGUAUGAUUGGCUCGAGGAUAGUCUGCAGAAGAAGAGGAAGCUCGCGGAGACGAGAUACACCUGGGAGUAUCUGUGGCAAGAGAAGAAGAAGAGGAAGAGAGGCAAAGAAGGCUACGGGCACAUGUACGUCCAAUCCCGGUCGCGCACAGUGUCCCGCAAGCCCAAGCAGUCGAAGAGCUUCUUCUUUGGAGACGUGGCCAACGUACCAUUUGUAUCUGCGGCGGACGACUUGAAGCAGGGGCGGGAGGAGCGGGAAGCAGCCCAGGCGAAGAAAGCCAAGGAGAGGAAUGUGCAAGCAAAGACUGGCCAUUCUACCUCAGCGCCCCCCGCCGCUCAGCCCUCCACCUCCGCUGAGACCGUCUGCUCCGCGUCGUCAACCUCAUCGCACACUCUCAGCGCGGCCUCCGUUUCCGAAGCCCCUGCUAAGAAACCCUCACUCAAAGAUCUGUAUCACUACUACCUCGACACCACGGGCUUCGAGUACAAGAUCACGCUCACACGGUGCAACCUGCGCGCCAACCAAAUCUCCCGCUACCGCCUCAGCAUCCUCGAGAGCCACACGAAGCCCCACGUCUACUGCACGUUCGUCGAGUACUUCCCGCCCAGCACCGCGCCCACGCCCGCGGCGAACGCGGCCUGCAUCCAGGCGCUGCUCGACUUCAACACGACCUUCGAGCUCGACACGCCAGACCCCGAUCCAGCAGACAACCACUCCUCAACCCCCGCCCCCGAUCCAUCAGCAGCCCACCCCGAAGCCACCCGCCUCACCGCCCUCCUCCACCCGCCACCCCCCAGCGCCUCGCACCCCUACAAAACCCUCCUCACCCCGCUCUCCUCCCCCUUCCCCCCCGCCUUCCACACCUUCCGCACCGCGUUCCGCGACCUCACCCUGCUGGCCUGGGAAGAGCGCCUCGACACCUCGCGCACCCUGUACAAGCAGCGCGCCGCGCGCUUCCGGGUCGAGCCGUUCGUGUACGUGAGGCCGGGGGUGGGGUUGCCGCUGGGGUUGCUGGCGCAGGGGGGGUGGGGGGUGGUUCCUGCGGUGCUGGCGGCGGGGGGCGCGGAUGGACGGACAGGCGCACAGACAUCGGGUGUGGGUGCGGGCGCGGGUGCCGCUACAGACCCGAACGUCUACAUCUACCCAACCUUCCGCCUCCCCGCGCUCGCGCACCCGCUCGGGACAGGCAUCAUCGGCUCCGCGGUGCGGCGCGACGCAGACGCCGCGCUGAAAGCCGCGACAGCCGCCCAACAAGCCGCCGAAGCAGCAGACAGAGCAGCAGACAGAGCAGCAGACAGAGCAGCAGACAGAAGAGCAGACAAAGCCGCCGCUGCGCCCCGAAGACCGGAUUUCAAGCGUCCGCUGUUCAAUGGCGUGACGGGGGUGCCGGAGGUGGAUGCUUGGGGGCGGCGGACGGGGUUUGCGAGGGGUGGUGGAGGGGGACAGUUCGAUCGCAGUGAUGGAGGGGGACGGUUUGAUCGCGGUGGACAGUUCGAUCGCAGUGGCGGCAUUGAUAUCGGAGCGCGUGGUCGUGCUUGGGGUGGCUCAGGAGGCGGCUCAGUAGGCGGUUCAGGAAGUGGAUCAGGACGCGGUUCAGCAGGAGAUGCGGGAUUUUCGGAUAUGCGGAUGCGCCACGCGCGGCCGUUUCCUAGAGAAAGGGGGCUUUGAGGGGGCUCUGGGGGGGCUUUGAGGCGGCUGUGAGGCGGAUAUCUGGGCGGAUAUCUAGGGCGGAUAUCUGGGGGAUAUCUGGGGCGGAGAUCGAGGCACGCUGCGUGCUAGGCGUGACAGCGCGGUACUCACGCUCUCUGGCGCGCACCGGCAGCAUGGACAUAGUUCUGAUGGCGUGCGUCCGUGAUCGGGGACACACGGGGUAGCGGCCUAAUAUGAGCAAGCCCGUUCGUUGUACGGCGCUGCGUGGAUGCUUGUAUACGUCACUCUCGAUUCGGAUUCGGGAUACACGACAUGCACCAGAAGCAGGUA